AUGGCGCAGCUUCUUACCCUACGCCCUCCAAUCACAGCCGUUCGAUCUGCGCCAUCCACGCGCACUGAUUCAGCUGUUUUAUCGUGUUGCCCUAAAACCCUAAACCCCAAAUGGGCUUUUCUGCAGCAGAAGCUCAAGUGCAAUGGCAGAUUUUCUUGCCUUUUCUCAAACAAUCGCAAACAGGAAGAAGCAAGGAAAGCACUAGAAAGUGCACUUGGGGGAAAGAAAGAUGAAUUUGAAAAAUGGAACAAAGAAAUUAAGAAGAGAGAGGAGGUUGGGGGAGGCGGUGAGGCUGGUGGAGGAGGUUGGUUUGGAUGGGGUGGACGUUUUGGUUGGUCCAAUGAUGAUCAUUUCUGGCAAGAAGCACAACAAGCAAGCCUUGCCAUCUUGGGUAUCAUUAUCAUGUAUCUCAUAAUUGCAAAAGGCGAAGUGUUGCUUGCUGUCAUCUUCAAUCCAUUGCUGUUUGCUUUGCGAGGAACGAGAAAUGGGUUUAACUUCAUAAUCUCGCGUAUACUGCAGAAGGUAUCUCCAGCUACUCAUACAGGGCUUGAUAAUAUGCCAAAAGAGGAAGUCUAUUCUCCUGUCUCUGCCAAAGAGAGUGUAGUUAGAAAAUGGGGAGGGGAAUAAUAAUUUGUUCCAGGUUCCAACAUCACUUCUGGUCAUGUGUUGUCACUGGGGCGGUUAUCAUUUGCAGCGAGUUUCGUAGUUGAAUGCAGAAUUUGUAGAACACAUCCAUUUCUCUUCUGAAAGUCAAAUAGCUUUCUCAUGUUUAGCUUGGAGGAAAUGCCUUAUGCCUUACCUUAGAUGGGUUCAACCCAAUUUUCAAAUCAGAACCAUUCAAUCACUUGAAUAUGAGAUAUGGUGCAGUUUUGUGAUCCUGUAUAAACUGAAUUAAUUAAAAUUUUGUUUUUCUAUUAUUUGAAUCAAUUCAUUGUGUAUAAUGUAACAGUUGAACAACACACAGAUCGAUAAACUAAUAUUUUAUA